AUGAAUCCCCUUGUCCAACUAAUGAUUGCGGCUGUCUGCGGCGCCUGGACACACCUAGCAGUCUUCAGGCGUGGAGAGUGGGAGCGCCGUGCCCCGUGGGUUGCUUUUACCUACCUUGCCCUCGAGGCCUUGUGGCUUUUCGUCUUGUCCCCUCAUCUGCAGGUACACUCAUACUGGGCCAUCAGCGUCACGUAUUUUGCCGCCCUCUUUAGUAGUAUGGUGGUCUACCGUGCCUUCUUCCACCCCCUGCACAACGUUCCUGGGCCCUUCAAGGCGAGGAUAACUGCGUUCUGGUCUAUGUGGGAUCCUGCGUUCUUUAGAACAGUACAGCGGCUGCACCAGCAGUAUGGGGACUUUGUUCGCAUCCGCCCCCGGGAGAUGUCCAUUAAUCAUAUAGAUGCGGUCCGCGCAAUCCAUGGUUGCAGAACGACCUGCUCCAAAGGUCCAUGGUACGACUUUUUGGGGCAUUCAUUGCAGGCGACGAGAGAUAAAGACCUUCACUCGGAGAGAAGGAGAGUCUGGGAUAUGGGGCUUAAUAGCGACGCCCUGAAGCAUUAUGAGCCUUAUAUUUGGAUUCACUGCGUGGACCUUAUCAAGCAGCUCUCGAUGAACAUAGAUAGGCCGAUUCCAAUCACCGAAUGGGUCCGAUUCUUUUCAUUCGAUGUUAUGGGUGAGAUGGUACUUGGGAAAUCCUUCCAGAUGGUCCAAAACGGAAAGCCCCAUGUUGCUGUUGCGCAGGAAGCUGCAAUGCAUCGAUUCAUGGGGCCCAUGGUGCACGUUACGUGGCUGCUUAUCAUCCUCCAAAAACUACCAUUUCUAGCUUACUUCCGGCAGAGAUGGGUCGACUGGUGCGCAUCUCAGCUGGAAGAGCGUGAAAAGAGGUCUCGAACUCGCGUCGAUCUCUUCUCCUACCUUCUGGACAGCGGAGCCGGAGAGCCGAAACUGUAUACACAGAGUAGACAGGAUCUGACGGCUGACGCGGACCUUGCAUUUGUGGCCGGAAGUGACACCACUGCGGGAACCCUCUGUGCCUUGAUCUAUCUUCUGGCCAAAUACCCCGAGAAGCAAAGGAAAUUACAGAAGGAGGUGGGCCAGAUUGUCUCUUCCAUUUCGGACAUAUCGCAUCGCAACCUCCAAGUGCGAGCACCCUAUCUCAAUAGCUGUAUCCAUGAGGCGUUGAGAUUGUUCCCAAAUGUCCCCAGCGGUGUUCAGCGCCUAACGCCUGCGGAAGGGAUGUCUAUCGCAGGGAGGUGGAUUCCAGGGAAUACUCUUGUUUCCACCCCCACAUACACCCUUCACCGAGACGAACGGUACUUUAAGGAUCCGGGGGAUUUCGUACCUGAACGUUGGUCGUCCCACCCAGAACUUGUACUGCACAAGGAGGCUUUCAACCCUUUCCUCAUCGGUGCAUACUCGUGUGCUGGGAAGAGCGUUGCGCAAAUGGAAAUGCGAAUGUUGAUGGCCGCAUUGGUUUUUUCAUUCUCCUUUGACUUUCCAGAGGAAGAGAAGGCGAGAAUGUCAACCAUACUGGAGGGGCCAGAAUUGAAGGAGACGUUUGUUUUGAACCUGCCAGAAAUUCAGAUGGUUUUCACCGCGAGGGAGGAGCGUGAUAGUCUAAAUGGUUAA